GGUUGAUGGAAACGAGUGUUCGUCCUGCUUUGGCAAAUCGGAACUGAUGUUUCUGUAAUUAACAUUUACGUUAAGAAGAACUUCCGCGAACAUUUGAAAGAGUGACCAUGAACAAUACAACACCAAACCACACAAACAGUUGCAAGAUCCCUUAUAAAGAUGAAAACACACUUCCAAUUGUGGCUCUCUACAGCACAGUCCUUACAGUGGGUGUUCCUGCUAAUCUGAUUACAGUCUUCCUCACCUUUCUCGAAGUGCGUCGAAAGAACGUUCUGGGAAUCUACCUCUUCAGUUUGUCAGUGUGUGACCUUAUCUAUCUAAGCACACUUCCAAUGUGGGCCAUUUACAUCAACAAAGGGCAUCGCUGGGACUGGGGGUCUCUGGCUUGUAAAGUCUCAAGCUAUAUCUUCUUUAACAACAUGUACAUCAGUAUAUUCUUGCUGUGCUGCGUAUCUAUGGAUCGUUUUAUAGCGGUGAUCUAUGCCGUGGAGUCUCGAGGUUUGAGAAAGAUGAAGCAUGCAGUGAUGGUCACCAUUGCGAUUGUGGUUGUUGUUGCUGUGGGACACAUUCCAGUUUUCACCAUGUCAGAGGGCGACACUGAAGAGGAGAAGCAAUGCUUCGAGCCAGACGAGCCCUCUCCUUUAGUGACAGGAUUCAACUAUGCCCGCUUCAUCAUUGGUUUCUUCAUCCCGCUGUGCAUUCUGAUACUCACGAACUUAGCCAUCCUUGCCAACGUGCAAGCCAGCGCUGGGCUGGAACCAGGGAAGAAAGUCAAAGUUCGUAACCUGGCUUUGGCUGUCAUCUUGUUCUUUUUGGUCUGUUUCACCCCCUACCAUGUGAUCCUUUUGCUGCGUGCCAUCAAUUUUCACUUUUCAAAUGGGGAAUGUGAUUUUGAAAGAAAAAUCUACACACCAUAUACAAUCUCACUGGGCUUAUCUACCAUCAACAGUGCAAUAAACCCGGUUUUAUAUGUGCUUACCAGCAACAGUGUACAUACGAGGAUCCGCAAUAGCCUGCAAGGUCUACGCAGCAGUUUAAGAUCUUCUUCAGCAUUUGAUUUUUGA